GCUGGCAGGCGGGGAGAGUAGUGGUGUGCUGUGUGUGUGUGUGUGUGUGUGCGUGUAGUGAGGAGAUUCCGUUCACUAGACAACAAUUCCCAUCAUCAGCUGCUGUCGUUCGGUGGCUGCGUGGCUGCUGGAGCAUUUCCAUCGCAUCGGCCUUUCCCCUGGAGUCUGUUGGCAAUGUACAGCGCAUUAACGUACACGUAGUGCUCGUGUGACUCCCUGCUGAUGGGGAGGAAGUAUUGCGAACGCCAUCACACCGCAGUUACACCUCUCGUUACACCGGAUUGAGAGGCAAAGUUUCUACCUUCCCGCCGGACCGGGCUGCUGGGAUUGUAUGGCAUCGGCACUUGAUUUGCGUCGUGCACCGUAGAGCUGCAACCUGAACAUACAGCAACGAGGCUGACGGGGAAUCCCACUGGCAGGAAUUGACACAGGCCUUUAAGCAACGUUUAGUCUUCCCUCGUGACCAAACGCACCCGCGACGACCGAGCACCAGGAACCAGGAACAAAAAGGGAUCGCAAGAGAGGGAGCCGGCAAAGUGACGUUGCUGUAAGCCACAAACACACAUCAUCCCCGGUACACGGCCGUUGGACGGUUCGCGAGCUCCACCACCCAUUACUUAUGGACCAUUCGGAGCAUCACGACUACAGCCAGCACGCAAACAUGUCGAGUGGAGGAGCGCACGCAGGACAUACCGGGCACGGGACAGUGGACCACAGUGCACACGAUCACACGAUGAUGGAUCAUGGGGCGCACGAUCACCAUCACGGGGCGGCCGGCGGCAUGGGUGCGGCCAGCCCUGCCGGAAUGGUGCACCACAUGAUGUCGAUGUCGUUUCACGGCGGCUACGAUGAGACGAUUCUGUUCGAGCAGUGGAAAAUCGAUAGCCUGAGCGGGCUGCUCUGGUCGAUGCUGCUCAUCUUCGUGAUGGCCGCACUGUACGAGGGCUUGAAGUACUACCGGGAGCAUCUGUUCUGGCGAACGUACAACGCGCUCCAGUACCGCCCGGUCACCGUGACGGAGAAAAGCAACGGCAACGGUGUGACGGUGGCCGGCGGCACAGCGACCGACGACCGGGCCGGCGGUGCCGGCGUGGGCGACGGUCUCAAUGGAGCCAGCGGCACCGGCACGUCCGCUGAGGAGGGCGCCCGCAUUGUGCACAUGGUUGGCGAAGUGAUCCACAAGCAACCAAGCCAGUACAGACCGACGAUGCUGUCGCUGAUGCACCUGUUCCAAACGCUGCUGCACAUCCUACAGGUCACGUUAAGCUUCCUGCUGAUGCUGAUCUUCAUGACGUACAACACGUGGCUCUGUCUGGCGGUGGUCCUGGGUGCCGCCCUUGGGUAUUUCCUGUUCGGUUGGAAAAAGUCCGUCAUCGUCGACGUUACUGAGCACUGUCACUAAAAGACACCACCACCACCACCACCACCACAUCCCGCGAUCGGCAAUACAGCAUUCUGUCUGGCCCUGGCGCCGAUGGUGGUCACAUCGACCCGGCCCGAUGUUCUUCCAUAAUAGGCGUUCGGCCGUCAAACGACCUGUUUCUAUCGGCUGUUGAGAGCUAUGAACUAUGAAUUCUGUGGUUCUUUGUAGUGUAAAAAGGGGGAGGAGGUAGAAAAGUGGGAGGGCAAACAUCGAAAAACAAAAAGACAUGGUCCGCGAUUACGGCUAGCGUUCGGACAGCAACAAGAGAGGCGAACAAAAAGAUGGGGUGCACAGAGUUGGAUUGUCCUGGUACCACCAUCGAGCUGGUUGAUUGUCAUCGACAGUUGCAGGAGAUCGCCGGCAAUACAUACCAGGGCAUAUUAUAUUAGUUGUGCAAUACGAAUUUACCUGUUUUGGAAAUGACCUACGGGGUACGCUGACCGGGGCCCGCCCUAGCGAUGGAUCGCCACAUUGUGUUUGGUCGCGGUGUCGUGUAUUUAUAGCUAAUUUGAUAUCUCGAGUAAAGUUAGAGGAAAACACCCAUUUGCCGAAUUCAUCGCUGACGGUGGUAGUAGUACAUUUUAUUACGCUCAAGUUAAACAAACAAAAGAAGUAAAAACAAAACAUUUACUAGGGAGCCGUUAGAGGGGUGGGUUGGUUUUUUAAACCGUUUCGCGCUCAAACAAAAGAGAAAGGAUUUGGUUUUGUGCAACAAGCGUUGCGGCAAACACACACCCCUUUUCAAACUAAGCCCACUUAAGGCGAAAAGUUUCCUAUCGACAAUGUUACUAGCAAACACACCGACACAGAACAAAAAAAAACGAAAGUCAAACACAAACCCUUUUUGUAAAUAACAUAAUCAAUGGUGCCGAGUGUGAGGGGGGAGGAGGUUCAUGCAAGCCGCUAGAACAGGUGUAAAAGUGCUGCGACGAUAUCAUAUUACACCGUUACACACGGUCAUCACACACACGCGAUGGGGUGGUGGUACCCGCACACGAAAAGAAAAGCGUGCAUGAGCUUUUAUUCUUGUACAGGAUUCUGGCACAUGUUGCGGCGUUAGUGGUGGAACGCAUGUUAAAUGGAGCAAAAAACAGAGCCACAAGUUAAGGAGCACAGGACCCAAUCCAGUAAAGCACCAUCCGUGUGUGUGUGUGUGUCUCUACGUGUACGUGUAAGAAAGGAAAGGACAUAUUUUAGGGAGGAAUUGAAUCAAAAUGGCUGUUGGAUGUAUUUUUAACAAAAAAAAAUCAAUCCCUUAGAUGUUUGCAUUAUAUUAGUACACAACAGAGAAUUCCAAUAUCGCCAGGUGCAUCCGUUUUUUGUAUUGGGCAGGCUUAUUAGGGCAGGAAAGCAAACAUGACUUGGCAGGCAAAAGAACAAGAACAAGAAACAACAACAUCUUGCAUUCGUUUCCGGAACAGCAAAACAAAACA